GGACAAGAUCGUCGUAAAGUCGUGGAACCGUCAUGCGUCGCGAUUAGCAGAAAAGUUCUUACUGAAAAACGGCAUGUUGAUUGGCUACCGCGCGAACUUCCAUCGCGCGGCAAGUAUUGCCGUGUCCUGUGGGCAGAAGCCAUUAGAACAACUACAGAGGACAACAUACUUGCUACAUUUGCACACUCUGGUGUCAGAGACGACGUAUUAAAUUCAAAUAGGAUGCAUAGGACCGCUUACAACCGUUACGAGAGGGGGAAUUGACGCGAGGAAACAUAAACUUUGUAUUGAACUCUGUGGAAUUGUCGUUAUUAUGAGUAACAUAGCAAAAGAAUUAUCGGCUAUCAGGUCAGAUAUAGCCAGUAUUCGAAGAAGCUCUGAUAAAUUUUCUAAGGAAAAAAUGGAGUCGGAUAUAACAUCAGAUAACAAAAAGAAGAAAGAAAUUCAAGAGAAACAGCAGAUAUUAAAAGACAAAUCUCUGGCCAGACAGAUCUCUCAGAUAGAAAUUCAGUUGGAAGAAAAAUCACGAAAGUUGGAAGCAUUCAACAAAGAAAGGAAUAUACUCGAGAAAGAACUUAUAUCCACAAGAUCAGAAUUAGCAGGAAUUAAAAGAACAUUAGAAUUAGAGCGGCAGGAAAGGAAAGAUUUAGAGACUCAUGCACUUGGAUUGAUAAGAGAAGCUAAACGCAAGUGGGAAAAUGCAGAGAAGGACAAAGUAUCACAAUUAAAUAAACACAUUGAAGCACAAACCACAAGAAUUACAGAAUUAUGUACAAGUAACAAUGAUAUGAGCUCACAUCUACAGAGGACAGAAUGUGAAUUACAGACAGCAAAGGCAGAAUUAGACAAAUUGCGUGUGUUCCAAACACAGUAUAAAGAAUCUUUGGCAAAAACACGUGAGUUAAAUAGACAAAGUGUUCAGGGUGUUGAAAUUAAGCUAGAGGAGAUAGCUGUGCGCUCUCAUAAUCAACUGGCUGAUUUACGUGCGAAAUUAGAUUACGAAACAGCAAAAAAUACAGAUCUCGAGACAAGGUUGCGAAAUGAACAAGAUUCGAAUCACUGUCGCGAGUCAAGAUUGAAUGUUGCUUUGGAACUCACUCAAAAUGAAUUGAAAGAUUGUCAGGAACAAUUACGUACUAUACAAGCCACAUUGCCAGCGAGAGAUGCUGAGAUUGAAGCUUUACGUAAACAGUUACAAGAUAGAACAAGGCAGAUAGAUGAUCUAAAAGUAUCGGAGCAAAUGCUUACAACAUUACAGGAGCAACUGGAAAGAAUAAAUUUUGAAAACGAGCAGUUAAAACAGCAGUUACAAGUCACAAAAUCUGAUUUAAAUGAAACUAUGAUGAAUUUGGAGCAAAGUGAGGCACUCGCUUUAAAUUUAGAGCAAGCGGCGCAGGAUAAGGUUGCGUUACAAAAGAGAUUACAGGAUUCUUUGGAAAAAGAAGAGGAACAAUUGCGCAAGGUUGGAAAUUUAGAAGAAUUGUUAAGACGUUUGGAAUACAGUGUUACAAAGUUGGAGACGGAAAAUGCUAAUCUUAGACGAUCGGAUAAGGUUGAAUCUACAACUCGUGCAACAAUUGCUGAAGCUGCAAGCACGAAAAUCGUUCAUCGACCAGAAGAAACUGAAAAACUGCGAGAGCAACUUGAAACUUUAAGGGAAGACAUAGCAGCUGAGAAACAAGCAAUGAAACAAGCUCAGUUGACUUUGUGGAAGAAAGAAAAGGAAUUAUCGGACGCCAAUUUGGAUAAACGUAUAGCUACGAGGGAAGCUAAGAGAGCUGAAGAAAAGAUCAAAAUGUUACAGGAAGAGAAACAAAAAUUACAAGAAAAAUUAACGAACAAAGCGAAGGAGGAAGAAGAAAAUUCGAAAAGAUUGCUAAAAGAGUUGGAUAUUGCGAAAGCAUCUUUGAACGAUGUCACAAGAGAGGCAUCCAGAAAUAAGAUGCAAGCCGAUUCAGCACAAAGGGCUUUAACUCAAGCUAAUCGUCAGAUCGAGGAGCUUCAAUCUUCUAGCGCGUCAAUACGUAGAGAAUUGGAUGCUAUUCGUAAGCAAAUGCGAUUGAAUCAGGACCGCAUCGACAGUCUGAAUGGCGAGAACAAAUAUUUGACGCACACCGCCGCCAGACAUGAUGAAGAGAAGACUGAACUUGGAUCUAAAGUCGCGAAGUUCGAGCAAGACAUUAAGGGUCACGAAAUAACUAUCGAGCUUUUGAAGGAUACUUGUACAGUAUUGGAGGAACAGUUGAUAGAUUACGAGAGACUAACGACCGAUCAUGAGACACGUGAGAAUACACUGAUUCAGGAUAAAAUGAAACUGCAAAAAGACCUGGAGGCCGCAGAGACGAGGGUGCGCGAGGCGCGUGCUGCGCAAAACGAGGAGAAAACGCGGCGUUUAGCGGCCGAACGUAAUGUCGAGCAAUUGGAGUCGGAAACAAGCGAUAUAGAGAACGAGAGGGACGGUCUUAUCGUUCAGAGAGAUCAGUACAAGAAACUCGCGCAAGAACUUGGCACGCAGGUAGAGGAGUUGACCGUGAAAUGUGGCGAAAUGGAGUGCGACCUGUUGAAGAAGAAACAUCUUUUAGAAACCUUUGAGAAUGAAUCGAGAGACGUGAAGGAGGAAGCCAGCGUAUAUUUGACGAGAGUGCACGAGUUGGAGGAAGCGAAUUCCGGUCUCAUGUCCGACCUACAGGACAGCAUAGAUCAGGGUCAGGAGCUGAGAUCGCGGAUAGCGGAUUUAGAGAAUCUCUAUACGGAGAUAAAACAGUACUAUCGCAACCGAAGGGUGCAGGCUGAGAGUACUAUACAACAACAGAACAAGUUAAUCAAUAUUCUGCAGUUGCAACUGGAAGAGUCCAAGAAGAAGAAGAAGAAAACCGUAUGCGACAAGAUACUCGGCAUCAAGCAGAAGGAGAACGUGCCCCCGGUGGGUACGGGGAUGCUGGUGGGAUAUCGUGAGUUGGAAAAUCAGCUCGCUAAGGAACAAGCGAAGGUGAAAACGUUGACGGAUCAAUUGUUAGCGUUUAAAGCUAUGGCCGCGUCGGCGCCUACGUCACCCACGACGCCGGACAGCAAGAGGACAGCGAGAAGUGCUGCUACGACCAGCGAUUCUUUAAUCCGACAGUUAUCUCCGCAAAGAAUAGGGCACAACAUACCGCACAGAUUCGAUGUCGGAUUGCCGAUGCGUGCUGGAAAGUGUGCGGCGUGUUCAGAGACUGUACAGUUCGGAAGGCGCGCCGCGAUCUGCAGCGAAUGUCAGAUCAUGACGCAUCUGAAAUGCGCGCUAUCUGUACCUGCCAGCUGCGGCAUGCCGAGUGAUUUGCCGAAAUAUUCUCACAGGAGUUGUCGAACCAGCGACGAGAGUUUAGCGUCGGUAGGAGAUAGUGUCCAGACAUUAGCGAUAGAUCAGCCGGACAAGCCUGACAAGCCUGACCUGGAACAACAAAGCACUCAGUAUAAGAGUAACGAUGAGAAAGCUAUUAUGGAAGGAUGGGUGAAAGUUCCUAACAGAACACAAUCUUGCUGGGAAAGAAAAUAUCUGAAAUUGGAGGAAUCAUGCUUAUGCGUUUACGAACACCAACCAAGUCCAGGAAUGGCGCCGAUCAAUCGUUUGAACCUAAUAGAAAAUAAUGGGUUUAACGUUUCCGAGACAAUACAGCAACCUGACGUACUAGGAACGGCAAAGUCCGACGUGCCGUUUAUAUUCAGAAUAGAAUCGAAUCUCACGACCACUUGCUAUCCUUCAUCUAGAUUAGACGUGAUGGCCCUGAGUCAAACUGAUAAGAAAGAAUGGCUAAAAGUUUUAAAGGCCAUCACCAGCCAGUGUUUGUACAGUGCACCCAAAGGUAAAAAAUAUGAAACUGUACUCAGAUUGGAAAAACAUCAGUUGGACCUAAACUGUGUAGUGGAUCUAUAUACAGAAAAUGUGCUCUUGUUAGGUGCAAAAGAGGGUUUGUUCUCGUAUUAUCCCUCCAAGUCUCGCACGCUUACCACAAUACGAGGUAUCAAGUUGAUACAUCAGCUCUCUCUGUAUCCUCAAUUGGACUUAGCUUUAAUGAUAGCCGGUGAAUAUAGAGAACUGGUGUACUGCAACUUGAGGUUGCUGAAAAGUAACGCAUUAGCCGCUGAUUGUUCUAGGCCAGCGAUCAGUACAAGAAGUGUACUAUCUACCUCGGAUAGUUGUCAUCUUUAUCAAAUGCAUGACGAAAUGCUAUGUGCUGCAACUGAGUCUCGUGUAAUAUUACUUAAAUGGAGAAUUGGAGAAGAUUUCGGAGAGUUUAUUACACUUCGCGAACUCGAAACACAGGGGCCUUGUAACUGCGCGAUAUUUACUUCGAAUCUUCUUAUCGUGGGAUGUCAUAAGUUCUUCCAGAUUGAUUUGCAAACUUAUAAUGUAGAUGAAUUCCCAGACAAAGAUGAUAGCUCAGUGAAAGCGGGACUAUCGGGCGCGGCUAAAAUGGGUAUUUUCCCCGUCUGCGUGUUGAAUAUUUCUAAUACACGUGGCACAGCUGAACUCCUGCUAUGUUACAACGAAUUUGGCGUAUUUGUGGAUGAAACUGGUAGAAGGACUCGCGCCAUUGAUCCAAUAUGGAACCAUUUUCCAUUUACUUUUGCAUUCUGCAAACCGUACUUAUACAUAAUUCAUUUUUCCUCCGUUGAAAUAAUAAAACUCGAUUUGGAGGCAUAUAAUACACCGGAAAAGAAUCCCGAACGUAUGUUAAUUGAAUUAUCUAGUCCACGUUAUCUAGGUACGGCUGGUUUAAAAGGAAUUUAUGUGAUGACUGUGAAUUCUUACCUUGAUUUACUAAAGAUUGACGGUUCUUCUAUGUCGAUGUUGAACAACAGUUUAACAAGUCUGGAUACACUAGCUCAAGAAGACGAGAGUAGUUCAGAAUUUAGUUUUACGUCAAGUUUAAUGGAGGUUUUAGAUGGACAGGGGAAAAAAGUACACUUCGCUGGUGUGCAGAAAUAUUAAGAUAUCAAAAUAUAUAUUUUCCACAUGACGUUUAAAUUUAUUAUCAUUUCUUGGACUUGGCAAUUACGUCGGGUUAUGAUGUCAAAAGCGAGAAAUUAUGUGUAUUAUUUUUGUAAUUUGUUUUAUGAUACAUUUCGUUAAUUAAUAAAUAAAUAUAAAUCUUAAUCAACUGUUACAAGGUUCAUUUUAUAUGUGAAAAUAAUAAAAUAAAAAAAUUCUUGAUAUUUCUUAUCAACCCACAUCAUUGAAUAUUGCACGUGGAAGAAAAAAAUAGAUUUCCAUGUGUUGUAAAGAUAAAUUUUCAAAUGAUUUCUUGCUUUUGACGUCAUCAGUCAGUUGUAAAAUGUCAGUUGUAAGUAGUAAAGAACUUCUUAAUUAGUAUUAGAAAACCAAAUCACGGAAAUGUUUCUAGAUAAUGUUGAACUUUAUUUUCUGUAUAUUUUAACUGUAGUUUUCUUGAAGUACAAUCAUAAUAAGGGUAUGAAAAUGGCUUUAUUUAUAAAUAACGAUAACUGUACUUAAGUGAUUAUACUAUAUUAUAUAAAUUAAUAUUAAU